UUGAUCAAUUUCAUCCUAGGAUGGAAAAGCUGAAUGCGUCACCUUGGGCUGUUAAGAAGAUCAACAGUAAAUGUGCAGCCAAACAGGUGGCUGUUUACCAGCAGCGCCUCAAUGAGGAGGCGGAAGUCCUGAAGGGAAUCAAUCACCCAAACAUUGUUGGUUUCCGUGCCUUUGCCACGGCUAAAGACGGCUCCAAAUGUCUGGCCAUGGAGUACGGAGGAGAGCAAUCCCUCAAUGAUGUGAUAGAGAAGAGGAAGGACAGUCUGAAGGCUUUCCCUGCCGCCAACAUAGAGAAAGUGGCGCUGCAUGUGGCCCGCAGCCUGCAGUAUCUGCACAAUGAGAAGAAGCUGCUGCACGGCGACAUGAAGUCAUGCAAUGUGGUCAUCAAAGGCAACUUUGAGACGGUGAAAAUCUGUGACAUCGGUGUUUCUCUGCAGCUGGAUGAGAACAUGAGAGGCUCUGUAGAAUAAUUCAGUCCAGAUUUGAAGAGUCUACGUGUAGCGGUUCUCGACCUGGACCUGGUCUAAUGUGGUCUAUAUGCUGAAAAAACAGUAAAAUGUGCAUUUAUUGCAUUUUCACAAAUAGAAUAAAGUUUUC